CUCGUGACGUCACCAGGGAACGGCAAAAAAGGCGAAGGUGCUGCGACAAUAGGGAUACGUUUUAGCAUCAAAUCCUUAUUCAGUCUUUGUUUUCAUACUAUAGGGACUUCUAGUAAAACGGUUCCCUUUCCCGCAUACUGGCAGGAACGACUGCUGUUUGUCGUUUCCGGUGUCUUUCAUUAUGUCGAAUCGUCUGGCCUUUCAGACUCAGCUAGCCUCCAUCAUGGAGGUCCUGGCGAAUGCGGCCGUGGCGGAAAUCUGUAAACUGGUGGACGAUGACUAUGCGGUGAUUAAUCUGCAGAUGUCUCAGUGCCAGCGCGAAAACAAGGCGCUGAAGAGGAAACUGCAUCUGAUGGAGCUGCGAAUGGCGCGAGGUUACGCCGAGAGGAGAAUCCGCGAAAGCUCAGGGAAUCGCUCUAGUAGAGUCCAAGUGAGCGCCAGUCUCUCCGACAAAUACAGAGCUCCUGUUGCAGACAUUUUUCCAAAUCAAGAUGAGCUUUAUGGGAGGCAAUUAAAUGAGGAUGUUUGGAGAGAUGGGGAACCCUCCAGUGCAGACGUGUCAAUUGGCCAUCCAGUCAUCAAACAUGAUGAGAAGGGGCGUGAAGACUCCAGCCAGGCUGGACCAAAUGCUGUGCUUGUUAAGGCUGAAACAUCUGAUGAGGGCCACACACAGCAACAACUAUUCAUUCGAGAAGAUGGAGUGGCAGAACCUGUGUGUGAGGGUGUAGAAGCAGAUUAUGGUGCUCAAGUGGAUAAAGUGGAUGGUCAGAACUCCAGGACACGGCACGAGGCUUUGGAGCACCAAAAGAUUGAUGAUGAAGAACCAGAUGUGCUGUUUAUCAAGGAAGAGCAUUCUGAGCUGGAGGAGCAAGAUACUCAGACACGUGGUGGCAUGACCCUGCAAGACGGAUUUGUGGAGUCCAGCACAGAUGUUUGUGGAAAUGGAGUCUCUUCCUCUCCUGCGCAGAUCACAUUAGCCCUCGGUAUGCAGGAGCCUCACGAGUUGGAGUCGUCCCUUAUGAAGGGUGAAAGUCGACUUCAAGAACAACACCAGGGAACUUCCAGUCAGUCGAUAGACAUGCAGAUUACAAUACAGAAUGUGGUGGACUCCCAGACUUCAGGGCCUCUGUGUUCACGUGAGCCAGCUCUUCCUCAAAGAGAAGUCAAAGUAUUGGAUAUCCCCAGUUCCCAUUCUCAUCUGCAAGGGCCAGAUGAGAGCAGCAACCUCCCACUCUCAAACCAGAAUGCUCAGAGAAAAACAGUAGCAUCUGUCGAUGUGCUAGGAACAAAUAGCACACUGUUUGAGAGAGCCAAUGAGCUGGAAAGUUCUUUUCCACGAUGGGCUGCAAAUAGCCCCUCUGAAAGUCAGCCAUCUUGUUCUUAUAUAGUGGAAGCAGAGCAAGACCAAGACUGUGUUCUGGUACAGCCAGGACCUGUGUCUGUUAGGAGUAGGCAUAAAGGGGCUGAGUCAAACAGGCUUCAGGAUGCCAGAGGGCUUCACAGGGCAGAGGCAGAGUGGAGUACAGUCACUGCUUCAAGUCAAGCCCAUCCUCUGCAGUUCAGUCACUUUAACAGGACUAGAUUAGAUGCAGCAAACCGAGGAAAUCUCACUCAGGCCAUCCCAAACGUGCCACAUCCUGGGGUUUCUCUCGCUGGACUACAGCUGCCUAGGCGCAUGGAAAAGGGCAAGAGGAAAAGUUACAUCUGUAGGUUCUGUGGAAAGGCUUUUACUGGCCAGUCUAACUUAGAGGCUCAUCAACGCAUCCACACUGGAGAGAAGCCUUUCAAAUGCGAGACCUGUGGGAAGCUUUUUACAGAAGCAGGAAAUUUGAAGAAACAUCAGAGAGUUCAUACUGGAGAGAAACCAUUUGUGUGUAAUCGCUGUGGGAAGCGUUUUGCCUGGAUCUGCAAUCUCAGGACACAUCAGCAAUCAGCUUCCUGUGGUGGAGUGUAAGGGACAAAAUUGGAUCUAUUCAGUCACACGGAUACAAUGCCAAUAUUACCACAAAUAAUCUGUGUGGUAAUAUUGGUAAAAUGGCUUGAUACAUGGAAUCAGAUUAUUCUGAUUAGUAAUUAUUAGACAGUGACUAAAAGCCUUUUAAGGACAUAGCGACAGAAAUCUACAAUUUGGAGUAGGGCUGGGCAAUAUGACAAUUAUAUUGAUUUAAUAUAAUAACCUCAUAAUGCACUUUUCAUCUAUAGUAUUAGGUGUCAGUGCUUUUUAAACUCUGUUACUUUAAAUUGUAACUGACUUGAAAUUAUUUUGUACCAGUAGUUUCAUUUCCCUUCCAUUGUCCUUCAUUAAAUGUUUUAGACUAAAAUCUCCAAACAUACAGAAGCUUGUGUUGGCCAUGUUUGUUAUCAGAAUCUCAGAAGAAUUAUAUGUAUAUCAUAAAAGUGUCUUUAAAUAUCAUAUGAUUUUUUGCCCUAUCGCCCACCCUUAGUGUGGAUAAGUGAGGAUAAACAAAGACUGACGACAUAAAAGACACAUGGUGCUUUCCUCUAUAUUGGUUUGGUGCCUUAGUUGUUACUGUAAACUUGGUCUGUUCCAAGAUUCCAAAAUUUGUAAACACUAUUCUACCUCUUGAAUUUUUCUUCAGACAAAAACAAAGCAAUAUGUUUGAACCAGGUGGAAGAAUACCCAGUUGUUUAAUACCACGAAAUGUUCAUUUGUCAAAUUCAGAAAAUUAUAGCAAUGUACCAUAAACUCCAGUGUAUGCUGAUUCAUUGUAAAAUAAUUAAAUGAAUAAGAUCUCAUUAAAUGUUGCAGACAUUUGUUAAACAGAUGUCACUUUUUUAACACUUAUAUAAGUUAGGCUCCACAGUGUUAAUGGUUAAAAAAAAUAAUAAUAAUCUGCCCAGGGUUGCAUUAAUUUUGUUCAAGAUCUUGUACUGAUGACAGGAAAGCCAAAUCACUCCAUUAAGUCUUCUGCUCUAUUUCAUGUUUGAAAAUGAGUUCUCUUGCUUACAGAAAAACUCUUACAAUUUGAAUCCUGGAAUAUGCAUGUGCCAUCAGGGAAAGAAAAAUUCAACGAUGGGACAUUUAGUACAUUUAGGUCAUCUGACUUAAUUUUAUUGCCACAUAAUGUUCCUGAGCCUAGAUCUGACAAACUCUAUGCAUUGGUCACUCUUGUACAUGCAUGAUGGAUGCAUCUCGUUUGCUGCAAUCAAACAAAUAUUGACACAAAGUAAGCUAAUUUUAAGGCUGUAAUAAUGUUAAAUGUUUGCCUGGCUCAAAAAAAAACAUGCCACAGGUUCUAAUUAGCACUUAAACGUUUGUAAAAAAUAAAAAAAUAAAUAAAUAAAGUGCAUUACAAGGUUUUAUAGUAUGCUUCCACAAAAAUGACCUGUA